GAGCCCCGGCCUGGCUCCGGGCCGCCGCCACCACGCCGCGCGCCGUACUCCGCGUCAAGAAUGGGGCGGCCAAGCUGCCCAAGCCGCCCGCCGCCGCCGCCGCGGCCGAGGCGCCCGGCGCCGGCGCGGGCAUGGAGCGCUCGCAGAGCCGCCUCAGCCUGUCCGCCUCCUUCGAGGCGCUCGCCAUCUACUUCCCGUGCAUGAACUCCUUCGACGACGAGGACGCAGGGGACAGCCGGAGGCUGAAGGGGGCCAUCCAGAGGAGCACGGAGACAGGCCUGGCAGUGGAGAUGCCUAGCCGGACGCUGCGCCAGGCCAGCCACGAGUCCAUUGAGGACAGCAUGAACAGCUACGGCUCCGAGGGCAACCUUAACUAUGGAGGAGUUUGCCUGGCAUCGGAUGCACAAUUCAGUGACUUCCUGGGCAGCAUGGGGCCAGCGCAAUUUGUAGGCCGCCAGACCCUGGCCACCACACCGAUGGGGGAUGUGGAGAUUGGCUUGCAGGAGCGGAAUGGUCAACUCGAAGUGGACAUCAUCCAGGCUCGGGGACUGACGGCCAAGCCAGGCUCCAAGACACUGCCAGCGGCCUACAUCAAGGCCUACCUGCUGGAGAAUGGCGUUUGCAUUGCCAAGAAGAAGACCAAAAUUGCUCGCAAGUCGUUGGACCCACUAUAUAACCAGGUGCUGCUGUUUCCUGAGAGUCCCCAGGGCAAAGUCCUGCAGGUGAUUGUAUGGGGGAACUACGGGCGGAUGGAGCGGAAGCAGUUCAUGGGCGUGGCCCGCGUGCUGCUGGAGGAGCUGGACUUGACCACCCUGGCCGUGGGCUGGUACAAGCUCUUCCCCACCUCCUCCAUGGUGGACCCAGCCACAGGCCCCCUGCUCCGGCAGCCAUCCCAGUUGUCUCUCGAGAGCACCGUGGGGCCCUGUGGGGAGCGAUCUUAGUGCUGGGGAAGGGGAGGGGUUCCCCAAGAUGGCCUGGAGACCGCCCAGCCCCGACCUGGGACCCCAGGCCCAGGGGCACAUUGAACAGAGGAGGACGGGGUUCUCCCUGACAGUGGGGAAGCAGAAUGGGGAGACCUGUCCCCCAGGGCCCCUCCUCACCCCCUUUGCCUCCUAUCCCUGCCCAAGACCCUCCCUCUCCCAGUGGGAUUGGCUGCACUUUUGACUUGGCCCCACCUUUACCGGUGGAAGUGGCUGCAAUCUGGAGAAAGGAAAGACUGAGGUGGCAGAGCUGACCAUCCUCCUGCCCAGACACUGUCCGACUGUUCCCCCUUUCGGCCUCCUCGGGAGCUCGCUGCCUGGAGCCAAGCCCAGAACCCAGCGGCCAUCUCCAUGGUGCCAACUACCAGCAAGUGUCUUUCCUGCGGCGCUGGGUUCAGGCAGCUACUCCUGCCCCAGAGCCUAUGGGGCAGCUUUGCAAGGAUCCGGAGCCAGCUCCGGGGGCCCAGAGCCUCCCACUGAAGAGGAGCUCAGCCUCCCUCUGCCUGCCCGUGGAAGGAGCUUUGCCGCAGCCUGUCUGAGUCCAUCUGUCCGUCCCCUCCUGCCUGCCUCUCUUCUGGUGGCUCUAGGAAUUGGGGUCCAGCAGGGAACAAAGGAAACAAAGAGGCGCAUGGGGCCUGGCACAGACCCCUAGGGCGCCUUGCUCCAUGGGGGUGCAACAAGCUGGUUUGGAAACUGUUGGUGGACUGGAAAGAACUCUGUCAUCUGUGUUUUGGUGGAAGAGCUUCUGGACCCUGAUUUUCAAGGUCCCCAAGACCAGAGAGCUCACCAUCUCCAAAUUUGGGGGAUGCUGGAUUGGAGAGGGAAUCUGAGGACAGCUGGGAUUGGGACUGGUGAUGCCAAGGCAAGGGUUUCCCAAAUAAGAGAAUCCCUCCUGGUUGGAUGAGGUCAAAGUCCAUCUUGUCUACUCCUCUGCCUCCAGGCUAGGGGUAUUGGGGAGGCAAUAGUGCUCCCCUAUUUUAGUCUUUUUAAACAUCCUGUACUGAGGGCAGAGCCCACUGCCCUGGCCUCAACUACCUUGGCUUAAGGACAGAAAGAGAGUGAGGAGGUAUGAGUGUAAGGCUGGGGGAUUCCUUCCCAAGCAAGCCUGGGUAGCUGCCUGCCUGGCCCUCCGUGGGGCCUACGGAAGCCCUUUUGCAUGCUGGGGAGGAUGCAGGCUGGCCCCUCUUUACAGAAGCACAUUGCUGCCACCUCCCCUGGGAGGCACCCAGCAGCCCACCACCCCUCAGUACCCAGUCCCUGCUGUGUAGGGCGUAGUCCAGGUUAGCUGGGUAGAGUUAGCUUUCCAAACCCUGGGGCCUCCUCUUAGCUCUCCCCCUGUCCUUAUAGAGUCCCGGGAUGGGGGCGGAGAGGAGACGCAGUAUUUACCAGGAGAUGACUGUCUCUUCACUGGUCUGGGCCUGGGUCCAGAGCCCGGUUCAUGGGAGGCCAGCCCCUCCUCCUCCCCCCUCUUCCCCCACCUCCAGUGGGUUGUAGCUGGAGCUGCCCCUUAUACUCAGACAUUCUGAUUUAUUAUCCUUGGUACUGAUUUUACUUAGGAAGCACUCCUGAGGAUUGUGGGCCUGGUGGAAGCGGCCUGGGCUCCAUCAGAGGAGGUCAUUUUCCACUGCAGAUGCCCGGCUCCGCUCAGGCCCACCUUGUCCCAUCCCACUCUAGGCUAGUGACCAGGCGAUUCCAGCUCCAAAACUCCUCCCCUCCUCUCACCCUGCUUAAGCCCUGGGUAUCCUUUCAAGUUCUGGAGGAGUUAUAUUGCCUCCAUGGAGCCACUUAUACUGCAAUGGGCAGGGGAGAUGGAGAUACCCCUUUGGCCCGGGAGUCUUCAGGGCCUCCUGGGGUUGUGGUGGGUGGGUCCACAAAGCUGAGCCACAGGCAGUGGGGCUCGAUGGCCUCGCCUUUAAGGCGCAAAGUCAUUACCCUCCCAUUUGUUUUUUUUUUAACCAGUGUGAUUUCUUUGCUGUUCAUUUAUUACUCACCAUUGGGGAUAUUUUGAGCCAGGAGAGCGCCUUCUCUCUCCAGCCAUCACUGCUCUGGUUGUUCAGGGGUAGCUGUUCAAAGACUGGACUGAGCCUGGCUGUCCCAACCAGAGGGAGUCUGCCCUCUGGUGUCUGCACAGCCUUUAUGACGAGAGAGAGCGCUCCAAAGCAAUAACACCCGGGGGUGGCCACCGAGGGCCGCCCCUCAGUGACUUUCUUGUCUGUUCUGUGAAAUCUCAGCUCACCUCCUGGAGGGGUGGGCUGGCGUGGGGCUGGAGCCCUGUUUCUUUGUAUCAUCGUUUUGAGCACGUGGCCGCCCUUCCGAGGGGCUCUGACCUUAGGUGCAGGAACCACAUCUGUCCUCACUAAGGGAUGGGGGUUUGAGGAGGGGGUGCCUUCUCAUUAUUAGCGUUGGCGAUUCCCUCCAAACCCAGCCUGUCCACACUGCUGGGCUUAUUAAACUCCACUAUUUGGAGAGGAGAAGAGAGGUGGAGUUGGGGGGACUUGGGUCAGGCUGGGAUCUCUAGCGAAUUAUUCUUUUUUCAAUCUCUGGGCCAGAGGUCACAUGCAGAGGUACCAUGGGUGGGAGUCAUCUUCACUUUCCUUCUCCAGAACCCGCUUUUCAUACCAUAGGGAAAGAGCCUUUGGGCCCACUAGUGAAGUCCAUUGUACAGAUGAGGAGACCGAGGCCUAGCAUGGGAAGAGCUGCCUCUGAGUCACCAGUGAGUUCAGUGGCACCCCCAGCCUGGGCCUCCUCCCACCCGAGGCUGAGCUGGAGUGUGGCAGAAUGAGGGGUGCUGCCAUUACUCUCACUUCCUCCUCCCUUCUCUCCAUGGAGCCUCCCAGUAUCCUUGAAAAGAUGGGCAGGACAAAUUGUAGUGCAUCCGAGAGGUAAGGAAACUGACACUCAGAAUCAGGAAAUGACUGAUUCUGCAAGUGAGCCAUGGGGACAGAAUGGGGCCCCACUGGGGUUCCCUCCACGGGACAGGAACCACUGCUCCAGGGCAUGUCCACCAUCAGUAUUUGUGGCCUGUAAGCCUUGGGUCACCCAGCCCCAUGUGGUUCCAUCUCCGUGUGCCACUAACUUUUUUGGGCCUGGGUUUGGGGAGAGGGUUGCCAUAAAGAUUUAGCUCUCCAGGGGCUCUGGCCCAACUGAUGGAGGGUGCCCAGGAUUUGGCCUAGGCCUCGAUGUCUGGGUGGGGCCAGGACCCCUCCAGGACCAACUCGAGAGAGGUAAGGAGCCCUGGUUCCUGCCUGUGGCUGUAUCGGAGGGAGCAGGAGGCGGUACACCUCAUCUUAAGGAAAGCCUCACUGAACCUUCAGAUGUAAUAAUAGCUGAUCUUCCUGUAGUGCUUUUCCACAACUUUUUGAUUUCAAAGUGCUAAAGUGCUUUUGCCUGGAGUGUACCCUCCCAAGAGCCUCUGGGCUGUAGGUGGGGGCCUGUAUUAAUUGGCCCCACUUUAAUGAGGAGGAAGCUGCAGCUCUGGGGCAGGGGGAAGGCACCUGCUAAGGUCCCCCUGUGAGUUAGUGGCUGAGCCUGGACUAGAACUCAGUUCUCCCAACAGUUCAGAGCUCUUUGCUCUACCCAAGCAGGUGAAGCAGAUAGUUUAGAAGGUGGUUGUGUACUUUACAUGCUGAUUCACCAUCCGGUUCCUUAAACCCGGAGCUCCUGGGCGACUUCAGCGUUCGGGAACAGCUUUGAGCCCACUCCUUUGGAGCACAGCUGUUGCGUCAGGCAUGGCCACCUGCGUUUAUUUAUUGAGCAGCAGCGCUGUGCCCCUCUGUUCCCCUGUAAUGACUCCCCUGGGCCCUUGUCUGUGUAGCAGCACCUCACAGUGGUUGGUGAGCUCAUCUGACAAGCCCUGUGACGGGGGCUGACUGCCCAUUUUACUCACAGCUUCAGUGAGGGCAAAGUGAAGACACGAACCCAGGGCAGCAUACCUGGAGCCCUUCCACUCUGCGCCUGCCUCCUGACGGGCUGCCAGGAAGGCAGGACCCUAGGUCUUCAGACUGGGGUCUUCUCUCCACCCAUCACCUUUCCCUCUUCCCUAUCCAGGAGCAGGAGCCUUUUGGGCCUAUGGGGAGGGAGGGUUUCUGAGAGCCCUGGGUUGGAGUGGGUCACGUUGCAUUGUAUUCAUGACCAUGUAGCUCAUGUUGAAAAUUAAAAGUUUUUGGCUUUUCUAA